AUGGAAGCAAAAUAUCUUGCUCGGAGUCAUAGUAGUUAUGAUUAUAAAUCAUUAUCAAAAAAAGAUUUCGAAUGGGCAGUGAAGUUAAAUCGAUUUGGUCUAGAAUUAAUCGGACUUUGGCCCAACUCCGAACAAACUACAUGGGAAAAACAUGUGUGCAAUUUACGUGUACUUCUCACUUUCUUAUUGAUAAUAUUUGUCCUUAUGAUUCCUGCUAUACAUUCUUUGAUAAGAGUCCAUUUUGACAUUUUACUUGUGACAGAUAAUUUGAUGAGUACCUUACCAAUCAUUACUUGCAUCUUAAGACUUGUAAUUUUUUGGUGGAAGAGAAAAGCUGUCGCACCGAUAAUACAUUUGAUUGCGAACGACUGGAUAAAGACAACAACAUCUCAAGAAAAAGGCAUGAUGAUAGCAAAAGCGCAAAUUGCACGCAUUAUUGUCACAUUUGGAUACGGCAUGAUGGGAGCGGCUAUUACUGUUAUGACUGUUUUGCCCAUAUUUGGUUACUCGGUGAGACACUUGUCUAAUAUUACCGCAGAUCUGGAGAGACCACUCCCAAUUCAGACAUAUUACAUCUACGAUACAACAAGAAGUCCACAAUAUGAAUUGACAUAUGUUGUUCAAAGUAUUGCAUCAUUUCUCUGUAUCAUGUGUUAUACGGGCAUAGACAAUUUUCUUAGUCUUUCAGUAUUUCAUAUUUCUGGUCAACUGGACAUUCUGAGAAAUCGUCUCUUGCAUUUACAUAUUGUCGCCAAUUUUAACAACGUUUUAAAGAGUUGUAUAAUGGAACAUAUAAGGCUACUUAGGUAUAUUUUGUCCUAA